CAGCCGGGACGUGGAUUCGUGAAGCUUCGGAACCUUGCGGCAGUCGUGCACGCCGUCACGGCCCAAUGAGAGUUUACUGCUUCAUCGACGCCCUUCGCUCGGGGCCAUCCCAAGCCCAGAUAUGGUAGCGGAUGACAUAUCCGUCACAAGCUAUCGACGAUGCCUCAAAUUCCUCACACCACCCGGCCGUCGACCGCUGUUCCGUUUUCUGUUUAUCUGCGCUCGCCGUCCCUCCGCCUUGGUCCUCCUCCUCUGUCCUCCUGAUCCUCACCCCGUUUGCGCCGCACUUUCCGUCUCACUGAAUCUGCUCACCGCGCGCGGAGGAAAACACGCCCGUGGCCGCCGCUUUUCCACUGCCUCGGCGACGCCUCGCCUUGAAACUCUGAGGCUCUUGCUCGCUGGUGCCACUGGUGAACGGCCCCUAGCAGAGUGUCCCUCGUACUGCCUCCAUCCUUUCCAAGCCAGGUCCGGGAAGCAAAAGAAAGAAUAGAACAGAACAGAAAGAAAGAAAGUAGAGGACGGCCCUUCCAGCUCUGCAUUCCCUCAACCUAUCUAGUCGUCAGCGAGGCGCACCAGCUUCUUGAAUACAUGAUUCCUCCGCGCUUCAUUUCGCUCUCGCACGCAGCGCUGCUAUUAGGGCUGCUGCCCUUAGCCAUAGCUUCAGCUCAUGGCGACGACCAUGCCACAGGCAUGGACAUGAGCGGCAUGGGCGACAUGGCCUCUCACCCAGCCCCGACGGCGUCGCACAGCUCUGACGAGCUGCCUUUGAGUUACUUUCGGCUGGGUCAGUAUUCUGGAUGGAUCUAUGGUCACAUUAUUGUCAUGUCCUUGACCUGGACAGUGCUUCUGCCUCUAGCAACGGUGUUUAGCGUGGCGCAAUCGCGUUUCGCUCUUCCAUCGCAGACCAUCUUCUUCUUAGCAAACGCGGUGGGCCUGUUCUUGGGCACCGUCUACAAUGCCAGAACACCCGAUCUGUACGAGAACAAUGCCCACCACAAGAUGGGAUGGAUCUUUACCUGGUUUGCCGCCGCCUGGAUCGUCCUGGGCGUGAUCAACAUCUACGCCGGCCGCUUCGCCAAAAACAGGCGUCAUUCUGGCCAGCAAAUGUCCAUUGCAAACAUGACGAGGUACCAGCGUCUACAGCACGACGCUGAGGAAUCGCCCGACAGACGAUGGUCUCGCGACUCUGGACAGGGGACCGAACGCAAUUCGGACUCUCUCUUCGGGGCCGGAUCUCCAGGAGCCGAACCGGAGCAUCCAAGGCCUUUUGCAGAGCCGCUCCCGAUGUACAACACGAACGAUUUUGAUGACGAUUCUGGCGAACCGGAAAAGCGCGGAUUCCUGCAGAAUACGAGCGUCGAUCGUUUCCUAUCCAGGAACAUCCAUCGAGUCUCUUCCAAAUUCUUGCUAGUAAGCAAGGUCGUCUACAUUGUUUUCGAGCGCCUGCUCGUCGUCAUGGGCUUCACUGCCCUUCUGACCGGCGUCGUGACGUUUGGCGGACUUUUCCACGGUGGGGCCGUUUUUAACGGCUUGGCUCAUUGGAUCAAGGGUGGCAUUUUCUUCUGGUAUGGCCUCCUGACUCUUGGCCGCUGGAUGGGAUCCUUUGCCGACUUUGGAUGGGCUUGGAACGUCAAGCCUGGACUUGAUCUUGUUCCCAGGUGGAAAACUCGCAUCCCCAGCGCCGAGUUUGUGGAGUCCUUGGUAAUCGCUCUGUACGGCGUGACCAACGUCUGGCUUGAGCAUCUGGCCGCCUGGGGCGGUGCUUGGGCACCUCAGGACUUGGAGCACGUCUCCAUCACCAUCCUGUUUUUCGGUGGAGGCGUCCUGGGCAUGUUGAUCGAAUCCUCUUCGAUUCGCGAGCUGCUUUCAACGCACAUCAUCAACGUUCACGAAGACGUGAUUCAGCAUUCGCCUUCCACGUCGGAGGAAGAAACAUGGAAGCAGCCAAACAACUAUCACGUUCCUCUGAACCCAAUGCCAGCCCUCGUCAUUCUUCUGCUCGGAAUCAUGAUGGGUUCUCACACUCAGGCAAGUAUGAUUUCUAGCAUGAUUCACAAGCAAUGGGGCCAACUUUUCGUCGGCUAUGCCUUGGCUCGUGGAUUCACAUACAUGCUUCUUUACAUCAAGCCGUACACAUCAUACUUGCCCGCCCGGCCUCCAACUGAGUUGAUCGCGUCGUUCUGCCUCGUCGGCGGUGGAUUGGUUUUCAUGGCCAGCUCCAGGGACGUCGUCGAAGCCAUCGAAUACAACGGACUGGAUGCCAUGUUCAGCUUCACUGUCACCAUGGGCUUUACCGCCUUGGUCAUGGCUUGGGUGGUCAUCCUGCUUGCCAUCAAGGGCUGGGCUGUCAGAAAGGAGAAGCCCAAUGUCUUCAGUCGCCGCAUGGGAGCGUCGCAACAAGCCUAGAUGUUACCCGUGGACAUGUUACAACGCUGACUUCGAGCGAUGUAAUCUCGCAUUGAUUCAGCCUGCGUAUACCCCCCCCC